AUGCGCCAGCGGACACCUCAUCGAAAAUCAAGAUUUGGGUGCAAAGAGUGUAAGCAACGUCAUGUAAAAUGCGACGAGUCCCGGCCGGCAUGCGUCAACUGCACGACUGCUCUCAGGAGAUGCUCAUACCUCGACACUGAGGCGGCAGUACCAUCAUCGUCCACGUUCUCGUACCAAUGUCCGAGCCCAGCAACAUCAAUAGGGUCAUCAACAGCAAGCCCGGCGGUGCCCAUCACCCCGGAGCAAGCGACUUGCCGUAAUAGCCAUGUGCCGACAGAGCCAUACGAUCUCCGGCACAUGGAGUUGCUAUACCAUUUCGAGCAUAACUUGGGCUACAACCAAGGGUUCGGCGAUACUCUCACGCGACAAAAGUACCAACAAAUGUCACUGAAGCAAGCCUUCCGGGUGUCAUUUCUGAUGGACGAGCUUCUAGCUAUAGCUGCAGCACACAAGAGCACUUUGCCGGGAGAAGAUCAGGCCUUCUAUCGCAGCGAAGCAACACGACUACAGACGAGAAGCCUUUCACGUUUUACGGUGGCUGACGGCGAUCUGUCUGAUGAAGACUUCCUUACAGUAUUUCUGUUUUCCACCUGGCUCGGUCAACACGUUCUCUUCGACACGUUCUCAAUACCCGCUGAUCUUCCAGUCACUCUGGAUAAGCUAGUCCACUGCAUGGGCCUCCAUCGGGUCGUUCGGAGCGUCGUAGGGGGCUCAUGGGACAGGCUUCGGUCUCACUUUGAUACCCAUCUAGGUGCAGGGAGCCGCUUCGUGCAGAACAUGAUAAUCAGAAGAGAACGGUACGAGACUGGCAACGAGUGUAGACAUCUACUGCGCCUCUUUGAAUCAAGCGACCUCAACGAUGCAUCCAAAGCAGCGUGCCAGGAAGCAGUUGAGCACCUGCAGCUCAUGUUCGACAUUCAUCGCAACACAGACAUACCUGCGGGUCGGCGGUACAGCACUGUACAGGAGUGGUCAAUUCGGGUUCCAGCCGAGUACGUCAGCCUGCUCGACCAACGACGGCCCGAGGCGUUGGUGGUGCUGGCAUAUUGGGGCGUGUUGAUGCAUAAGGCGAGAGACUGCUGGGCGUUCGGGGCCGCGGGACAGAACCUCGUAAGGUCCAUUGCAGCUCAUCUUGGGUCGUAUUGGGGGGAGCUAUUGGCGUGGCCAAAGGAGAUGACAGAAGCCCCUGUAAUUUCGAUAUCAGGCCCAACUUGA